CGCUUCGCUAUUUCAAAACUCAUAACGUUUUUUUUUUUCAUGGAAAAGUUUAAUCCUAAAGCUCUCUGUCACUGUGUCGUGUGUGCAAUCGUUACGGAAGGGUGUCAUUUAUUGUAGUUAAAUAACGCUCGCAUAACUCUUAUAACGGUUAUUUUGUGUCAAUGGCAAGUAAGAAGUUACGGAGGACGGGCGUCUCAGCGGAGCUCUGCGAGCGACUCAAGCGCCAUCAACUGGACACCUGCCAGGAUGUCCUGUCUAUCACACCCGCGGAGCUCAUGCGGCUGGCUGGACUCAGUUACCCCGCGGCCCUGGAUCUGCUGCGGCUGCUCAGUAAAGCCUGCGCACCGGCUGUGAGCAGCGCAUGGGCUUUGUGGAGGAAGAAGGGAGAGCUGUGUUUCUCCACAUCACUUCCUGCCCUGGACAGAUUACUGCGUGGAGGACUGCCACGGGGUGCUCUCACUGAGGUGACUGGCCCAUCAGGCUGUGGAAAGACUCAGUUGUGUAUAAUGCUCAGUGUUUUGGCUACACUGCCGAGGAGUAUGGGAGGUCUGGACAGUGGAGUCAUCUUCAUCGACACAGAGUCGGCAUUCUCUGCUGAAAGAUUGGUCGAAAUGGCACAGGCCAGAUUCCCAGAAUUCUUCUCGGUGAAGGAGCGUCUGCUGGAGAUGGCAUCUCGUGUUCAUCUCUUCAGGGAACUGACCUGUCAAGAUGUCCUGAAUAGGCUGGAGCGUCUGGAGGAAGACAUAAUUGCGUGUCGAGCUGGGCUUCUUAUUUUGGAUUCUGUGGCUUCUGUUGUGAGGAAGGAGAUUGACACGUCGCUGCCGGGAAAUCUAAUGUUCAGGAGUAACUUACUGGGCCAGGAAGCCGGCGUACUGAAGUACCUCUCGCAGGCGUUCUGCAUCCCAGUGGUUUUAACUAACCAGAUCACCACACAUGUGGGCGAGAAGGUUCACUGUCCUCAGUGGAAUCAGGCAGAUGUAUCUACCGAGGAGGACUCUGGUUUUGUGACAGCGGCGCUGGGAAACACAUGGAGUCACUGUGUUAACACGCGCCUCAUCGUCCAGUACGAGGACACAGAACGGAGACAGAUUGUCAUAGCCAAAUCACCUGUGGCCCCUUUUGCCGUGCUGAGCUACACCGUUCAGAAGGAGGGCAUCCGUCUUGAGGGGAAUGAAAACACAGAAAGUGUUUUAAACCAAGGAACAGAUCCAGGGCUUCAGCCAAUCAGAGUGAGGACGGGGUUCGUCUACAACCUUUCCCAGGCCGCACCUUCUACUUGUUAAGAACUUCCUUUGGCCGCAGAAUGCAGUGGCUGUUAUUGCCCUAUUUAAAGGCCAGUAAACAAAUGUGAAGUGACUAAUGUUUUCUAUGUCAGUUAAACUCUCAAUGCCGUCCAUUAUCUGAAGAUAACGACGUGUGAUGAUGCAUUUGAACAUAAAGGUUAUUUCGACGGUCAUUCGGAGACUAUAGUGACUACCAUGAGGUAUACAGAAUUUAAUAUUUAUCAUCCACCAUAGCUAUUCCUAACACCACGACUGCUCUAUAAUUUCUUUCAGGUACAAGCCAUGGUUAAACAUUGCAGGAACAUGUGGUGGACAGACACAAAGCAGACGGAUUGGACUUUGUAGAACAUUACCUCAGUUUUCAUCCAGUUAGAAAACUGCAACAUCAGUCAGCUAUUGAUUGACAGACGUAUUUUUCCUCACGCUGCUCGUGUGAUAAGACAGCAGUCUUGGACAAACGCUUCUUGACCCUGACUGGUCGUUGCCAUGGCUUCUAUUGCCAUGACUCCUGUUCCCAUGGUUCCUCUGCCUUAAAGGGAAGUUUGUCUGAUUAGAUGAACAAUGCUGUUAUUUUGGGUGGUUCCUCCUUUUUCGCCUUGUUUUGCUUUUGGCUGUAUAUGUGCACAGAUACGCAUUGACACAUUCUUUGUAUUUAUGUUUAAGACCUGGUCCUUCCUAGUACAGCUUUUAUAGAGUUCUAACAUUAAUAAAUGCAAACUCAAGGUCUUCCAAACUCUAAUUAUUUUGAUUUCAUUAGCAGAUUCUGCUGACAGUGCAGACGAUGGUGACAUCUUUAGCUCUCGGCCAGCAGAUAAAGUCAGUUGUGACAGCCAAACACGCAAUGCUGAGUAGGUGUUCUUUCUCUUUCAUCCUCUUUCUGUAUAUCUCUCCUCCCUUCCCCCCCAUAAGCGGGCUGAUAGGCUGAGAGUUGACAUGUUUUGACAGAUCUUUUAAUGGUCGACCUGCGGCGAUAUCGCUGCCUGUGCCUGUACCGAAGGGAGGAAAACUCUCCUUCCUUCCAAAGAAACUCUUUCCUCCCCUGCAAAACAGAAGGCUCUGGAGAAAAAAAUAAAUGUUCAUGUAAAAAUCAGAGCAGAGAGUCAUGAGAUACUUCUCAUCCUUCACGCCAGGCUAUGUCACAAUACAAACCAGCCACACAAAAAGAUCAUGCAUACAUCUGCUUGGGGCUUGAUGUUGAAUAUCAGUAGAUUUCAAUUAGCCUUGAUUCUUUUCUUCUUUUUUUUCUUUUUUAGCAGUGUUUGUUUUUGAAUUGAUAAAAUUGGUUGC